AUGUCAGAUCCUCCAACGACGACCGAAGCCCAGGACAUAGAAUCGGAGAACCGUAAGUCCUGUGAACGACUUCCGGAAACGAAAGAACGAUCUUCUGCCACAAUUUCUUCCACAUUCCAACCACGACCCACUCGAUUACCAUGGCUUAGACGCCUCGGAUCGGGCAUCAUCCUCGACGUGCGCGCCCGAGCGCCAUGGUACCUCAGUGACUGGACAGAUGCAUGGAACUAUCGCGUAGUCCCAGCUACUGCUCUUAUAUUCUUUGCAAACGUACUGCCAGGCAUUGCUUUCUCGCUAGAUCUCAUAGAAACAACAGAGCAAUAUGGUGUGGCAGAGGUCCUCAUGUCCUCUUUCAUGGCUGCGUUUAUAUUUUCUGUCUUUGGCGCACAACCUCUCACUAUCGCAGGUGUUACUGGCCCUAUCACCGUCUUUAACAAGACCAUCUUUGACAUUCUUGAACGAGAGCCCAAUCCCCCAAACUACCUCCAUUUUAUCGGCUGGGUCUACCUUUGGGGUGCCAUAUUGCACUGGAUUACUGCAGUCCUGAACUGGUGCAAUUUCCUAAAGUAUGUCACCCUAUUCUCCUGCGACACCUUUGGAUUCUACGUCUCCUGGGUCUACCUCCAAUAUGGGAUCCAAGUGCUCACCCGUCAAUUCGUUCCGGUCGAUUCCCCUGGCGCGCAGGGGGUCCUGGUCUCUAUCAUACUCGCUAUCCUCAUGCUUGUCACAGCGUUCCUGUUCGAAUCGAUGGCACAGACACCCUACUUCCAUCGACAUGUCCGCCGCCUUCUUGCUGACUACGGGAUGCCUAUUUCUCUGGUCGCCGCUUCCGGGAUGGCGUAUUGGGGCCGGUUCAAUGCUGCCAACCCGUUAACGCUACCUGUUGGGAAGGCGUUCCAGGCCGCUGGAGGGAGGAGUUGGUUAGUGAAAUUCUGGGAGUUGGAAGGCAAAUGGGUAGGAAUCGCUUUGCCGUUCGGUAUUGUGCUAUGGAUACUGUUUUUCUUCGACCACAAUGUUUCUGCGUUGAUGGCCCAAGGAUCUGAGUUUCCUUUGCGCAAACCUCCCGGGUUUCACUACGAUUUCUUCUUGCUCGGUGUAACGACCUUCAUUGCCGGCCUCCUCGGCCUUCCAGCUCCCAAUGGAUUGAUACCUCAAGCACCGAUACACACCACCUCGCUUCUUGUGAUGGGACGGGCACCGAAAGACAAGAAAGAUGAAGAGGACCGCGACACUUCACGAACCCAGACACAUACAAGAUCGUCGAAUAGCGUCACAAAUAAUGACACUACAGCAGGUUCCAUCUUCCAUGAUUCCGAACCUCCUCCAGAUCCUACGGCGCGGCAUCGACAUGAAAUGCCUGUCGCAGUUGUCGAACAGCGUGUUUCAAACCUUGCCCAAGGCUGCUUGUGCCUUGUUCUGCUGACGGGACCUUUUCUGCACGUCUUGAACCUCAUUCCCCGUGGAGUUCUUGCCGGACUUUUCUGGUACAUGGGCGCCGAUGCGCUUAAAGGUAACGGCAUAACCAAGAAGAUCCUUCACCUCAUCCAGGAUAAAGCGCUAACCUCGAGGCAUGAACCGCUCCAACAAGUCCGAAAGUCACGAAUCAUUCUGUUCGUUGGCGUACAGCUCGUCGGUUUCGGAGCGACGUUCGCCAUCACGCAAACCAUCGCAGCGAUCGGGUUUCCCGUCAUUAUCAUGCUACUCCUACCACUUCGGACUUUGGUGAUCCCGAGAAUGCCGUUUACGAGAGAGGAACUCGCGAUCCUCGAUGGCCCAACUGCAUCGCCUUUCACGAUGGAAUCUGUAGGUGGCACGCUGUAA